AUGACUACACUCGAAUCAAGAAACCCGAACUCGUGUAUCACUGAUCGGGAUAUCUACAACCUCCGAGCGAAGCUUAAUCGGGAGUUUCUCCGGGGCCGUACACCGAUCCAGGCAUUACUCAUGGAGCUUCCAACUGAUGCUAAAUGGCUGUUCCGACGCACGCUUGACGAGGAGAAUCAUGUGCAUGUGCUGUUUGCUAUACAUUAUAAGAGUAUUGAGAUGCUAAAGCGUUAUCCUUGGGUACUCUCUAUGGAUUGUACCUACAAGACUAAUCGCUACGGUAUGCCAUUACUCGAUAUUGUUGGGUUCACAUGUACUGGAGCGUCAGUCUAUCUUGGCUGGGCAUUCAUUGCAGACGAGAAAAAGGACACAUAUGAGAUCGUGUUAGGCUAUUUAGCUGAGAUAUACGAGUAUAUCCAGCAAGAUAGUCCAUCCUCGCCAUCUGGACCAAGCACAGUCCUAACAGAUAAGGAAUAUGCUCUUAUCAACGCAGUACACUCAAUCUUUCCUAAUGCUGAUACAAUCAUUUGUAUCUGGCACAUCAACAUGAAUCUCAUGAAGAAAGCACUGCCAUUACUUCGGAAGUCUAUCACUGAGGGACGUGAAUCAGGACUUAUUGAAUGGGAUGGUAUCUCGCUUCCUACUACUGAUCAACAGUUAUCCAAGAAGGAUAUAGAAGAACUGGUAGGUAAGAUUCUUGAUGAAGGAUGGAGCAAGAUGAUGAGUGGAUUGAAGAUUGCCCUAAGAGCUUCCUUAAGCUACACACAGAUCAAUAUCUGCAUCUCGGAGGCGUCUACAUCGCGUACAGAGGCAGCUCACUGGCUAUUAAAGCAAGAUCUCCACACAUCAACCAAGGAUCUACUUGCUAUUCUGGAUAAUUUUGAGCUUGUUAUUAAUCGUCAAUACAAGAAGAUUAAAGGCCAGAUAGCAGUUGAGCGAGAUAAGGCGCCCUGCCGUGAGCUGCCUAUGAUCUACCAGUCAAUCAUCAAACGGGUUUCUUUAGCUGCAAUCGACUAUGUUGAAGCAACCUACGAUAUCUUUCUUCCUGGAGCAGAAGGCAAGCCUCUGAUUCCACCUGAUUGUCACUGCAACUCACGGAUUACAUCAGGAUACCCAUGUAUCCAUGUGAUUGCUAAGCAUACGGAAGAGAAGCAGCCAUUCUCAUUGGAUGACUUCCAACCUCAGUGGCAUCUCUACAGGAUUGGAAAUGCACCCCCAGUUGAUCCAAUCCUCCUAAUCCAGAACCCUCAUGUGAUUCGCCGCCGUGGUAGGCCGGCUGGAUGUCGGAAUAACCUCCAGUCUCGGCCAAUACAGUCAUCAACGCAGGAAUCGGUCUCGACACAGGAUAUUCAGAUGCCAGCAACCCAAAUUGAGCUCGGCUCGUUCCCGGAUCCCCUUACAGACCCUCUUAAACCGUUUGAGCGUUCAACCCAACGUGAGCUAUCUGCAUUUGAGCGUAUAUCUGCUUCCGUACGUGGCCGCGACCGUCGUGGUACUGGUACUUGUACCAUUGGUUCUCGUGCCAACCGUGCCGGCCGAGGUGGCCGUGCCAGUCAAGCAAGCGGCCAACCAGAGAGGAUGCGAACCCGAUAUCAAACACGCACGGAGACUGAAGAUAUGGAGACGGUUAUAUAA